AUGCAACUGGAAAGUUACGAAACCGAAACUUUUAGGUUUUUUUUCGCACUUCCCUUUUCCGCGAUGCUGACCACCAACGUGGGAGGCGCCUGGGACUGCACUGGCCUCAACACCCUCUUCCCACCCCACGCCUCGCACUCCAUCUCCAUCCCCCCCUCCUCUUCCUGCUGCUGUUGCUGUUGCUGCUCCUCCUCCUACGACCCCGACCCUUCCUCACACCAGCACGAGCGCCACCACCAUCAGUGCCUCUCCUCCCUCCCUAACCUCACCUCUCUCUCCCUCCUCUCUCACCGCACCUUCCCUCCUUGCCUCUCCUCCCUCUCCUCCCUCACUCGCCUCUCCAUCCCCUUCGCCUCCCCUCUGCUCUCCCCCGGUUCGCUCGCUCUCUUCUCCCACUGGCCCCGCUUGUCCCAUCUGCACGUCAAUGGUGAGGGGCCGCCAGAACAAACCAUCUGCCGCACCAAGCCUGGUCCCACCGAACCUGCAACUGGUCUCACCGAACCUCCCCCUAACCCCGAAGCAACUCCUUCCUCCAGCUCCCUCCGCCACGUCACUCUCAUGGGGAUAGCUGGCGUCAUCCCAUUGGCUGUGUGGGGACGCCUGUGCCCGCAGCUGCUCUCGCUCAAGAUCCAGGGCUCGCCCCACGUGGCUGUGCGGAGGUGGGGGGAGCAGCUGGCGGAGGGUUCUGGGAAGGGGGACGUGUGGCAUGGCGCAUGUGGUGAUGGGGAGGGCGCAUGUGGUGAGGGGGAGGGCGCAUGUGGUGAGGGGGAGGGCGCAUGUGUGGGAUCCUACCCUCACUCCUCGCGCUUCCUCUCCUCGCUCUCCCUCUUCCCCUCCCUCACUGCCCUCCGCAUCUUCAACCUCUCCACGCACAACUACCAGUCCGCGCUCUCCUGCCCUCCCUCACUCAAAUCCCUCCAAAUCUGCUUCUCCCACCUUCCUCUCCUCCCCGACCCCCUCCGCCUCUUCUCCUCCCUCACUCGCCUCCACCUCUUCCAGUGUUCCAAGCCCCUCGCCCUGCCCGCCUGCCUCUCCGCCUUCUCCUCCCUCACCCACGUGUCCUUUGGCCGCGACUACGACCCUGUGCUGCCCUGCCGCCACCAGGAGUACCUCCGGGGGAAAACGUGGGAGCGGGAGGAGGCAGGGGAGGGGGGUGCGGAAGGGGAAGGGAAAAGGGAAGGAAAGGGGGAAGGAGAGGGAGAAAGGGGGGAGGAAGGGGAGGAGGUGGGGGAAGGGGAAGGGGAGGAGAUGCAAGCGGGGCAGGAGGUGGAGGUGAGAGGCUCGCCACAGUACGAAAGUGCCUCGAAUCCUCAUUCGCACAACCAGUCGCAGUUACCAGCAGAGGUGUUACCAGCAGAGGUGUUACCAGCAGAGGUGUUACCAGCAGAGGUGUUACCAGCAGAGGUGUUACCAGCAGAGGUGUUACCAGCAGAGGUGUUACCAGCAGAGGUGUUACCAGCAGAGGUGUUACCAGCAGAGGUGUUACCAGCAGAGGUGUUACCAGCAGAGGUGUUACCAGCAGAGGUGUUACCAGCAGAGGUGUUACCAGCAGAGGUGUUACCAGCAGAGGUGUUACCAGCAGAGGUGUUACCAGCAGAGGUGUUACCAGCAGAGGUGUUACCAGCAGAGGUGUUACCAGCAGAGGUGUUACCAGCAGAGGUGUUACCAGCAGAGGUGUUACCAGCAGAGGUGUUACCAGCAGAGGUGUUACCAGCAGAGGUGUUACCAGCAGAGGUGUUACCAGCAGAGGUGUUACCAGCAGAGGUGUUACCAGCAGAGGUGUUACCAGCAGAGGUGUUACCAGCAGAGGUGUUACCAGCAGAGGUGUUACCAGCAGAGGUGUUACCAGCAGAGGUGUUACCAGCAGAGGUGUUACCAGCAGAGGUGUUACCAGCAGAGGUGUUACCAGCAGAGGUGUUACCAGCAGAGGUGUUACCAGCAGAGGUGUUACCAGCAGAGGUGUUACCAGCAGAGGUGUUACCAGCAGAGGUGUUACCAGCAGAGGUGUUACCAGCAGAGGUGUUACCAGCAGAGGUGUUACCAGCAGAGGUGUUACCAGCAGAGGUGUUACUAGCAGUGUUACCAGCAGAGGUGUUACCAGCAGAGGUGUUACCAGCAGAGGUGUUACCAGCAGAGGUGUUACCAGCAGAGGUGUUACCAGCAGAGGUGUUACCAGCAGAGGUGUUACCAGCAGAGGUGUUACCAGCAGAGGUGUUACCAGCAGAGGUGUUACCAGCAGAGGUGUUACCAGCAGAGGUGUUACCAGCAGAGGUGUUACCAGCAGAGGUGUUACCAGCAGAGGUGUUACCAGCAGAGGUGUUACCAGCAGAGGUGUUACCAGCAGAGGUGUUACCAGCAGAGGUGUUACCAGCAGUGGUGGUACCAGCAGAGGUGUUACCAGCAGAGGUGUUACCAGCAGAGGUGUUACCAGCAGAGGUGUUACCAGCAGAGGUGUUACCAGCAGAGGUGUUACCAGCAAUGGUGUUACCAGCAGAGGUGUUACCAGCAGAGGUGUUACCAGCAGAGGUGUUACCAGCAAUGGUGUUACCAGCAGAGGUGUUACCAGCAAUGGUGUUACCAGCAGAGGUGUUACCAGCAGAGGUGUUACCAGCAGAGGUGUUACCAGCAGAGGUGUUACCAGCAGAGGUGUUACCAGCAGAGGUGUUACCAGCAGAGGUGUUACCAGCAGAGGUGUUACCAGCAGAGGUGUUACCAGCAGAGGUGUUACCAGCAGAGGUGUUACCAGCAGAGGUGUUACCAGCAGAGGUGUUACCAGCAGAGGUGUUACCAGCAGAGGUGUUACCAGCAGAGGUGUUACCAGCAGAGGUGUUACCAGCAGAGGUGUUACCAGCAGAGGCGGUACCAGCAGAGGUGUUACCAGCAGAGGUGUUACCAGCAGAGGUGUUACCAGGUGUUACCAGCAGAGGUGCUACCAGCAGAGGUGUUACCACCAGAGGUGUUACCAGCAGAGUGUUACCAGCAGAGGUGUUACCAGCAGAGGUGUUACCAGCAGAGGUGUUACCAGCAGAGGUGUUACCAGCAGAGGUGUUACCAGCAGAGGUGUUACCAGCAGAGGUGUUACCAGCAGAGGUGUUACCAGCAGAGGUGUUACCAGCAGAGGUGUUACCAGCAGAGGUGUUACCAGCAGAGGUGUUACCAGCAGAGGUGUUACCAGCAGAGGUGUUACCAGCAGAGGUGUUACCAGCAGAGGUGUUACCAGCAGAGGUGUUACCAGCAGAGGUGUUACCAGCAGAGGUGUUACCAGCAGAGGUGUUACCAGCAGAGGCGGUACCAGCGGAGGUGCUGGAAUGUGUGUUCCAGCGGAUUCAGCUGCAUGGGGACGAGGCGAGCGUGAGAGGGUUGUGCCUUGUGCGCAACGAACACAAGGUCGCGGACCUUCUCCGACCCCAUCCUGUUCCUGCGCGCCGUGUGCACGCCAUCCCACUCACACCAUCCCCGCUCGCAAGGGGAAGCGAAAACGGGCUGUGA